AUGGCUAUUCAAGGGCUUUUCUCAGUUCUUGUUUUCCAACUUUUGCUUGUCCUCUUCGUCUUCACCCGGGCCAAUGCACAGUGCUUGAAACUCGGGUUCUAUGAGAAGACGUGUCCCUCUGCCGAGGCCAUUGUCAAACAGACAACAGCUCAAUACAUAUAUCGAGCACCAAGUCUUGCUGCUCCAUUGUUAAGAAUGCAUUUUCAUGAUUGUUUCAUUAGGGGAUGUGAUGGUUCUGUGCUCUUGAACUCUACCAAGAACAACCAAGCCGAGAGAGAUGCUAUCCCCAACCUAAGCCUAAGAGGGUUCCAAGUUAUAGAUGCCGCGAAAUCUGCACUAGAAAAGAAGUGCCCCGGUGUUGUUUCCUGUGCUGACAUCCUAGCCUUGGUCGCUCGCGAUGCAGUUUCUAUGAUCAAUGGACCAUUUUGGCAAGUCCCAACAGGACGAAGAGAUGGAAGAGUGUCAAUUGGCUCAGAGACAUUUACUGAUCUACCUUCCCCUUUUGCCAACAUAACUCAACUAAAAUCAGCAUUUAGCUCAAAGGGGUUGAGUGUGAAAGACCUCGUAGUUCUAUCAGGAGGACACACCAUAGGGACUGCUCAUUGUUUUGGCUUCGCGAAUCGCUUGUACAAUUUCACUGGCAAAGGUGACACUGACCCAACAAUGGACCCCAACUACAUCGCGGCUUUGAAGAAAAAAUGCAAGCCGGGAGAUGUGAGCACCAUUGUUGAGAUGGACCCUGGAAGCUUCAAGAAAUUCGAUACUGAAUAUUACACUCUUGUGAACAAAAGGAGAGGGCUGUUUCAGUCCGACGCGGCGCUUCUUGCUGACAGUGAAACAAAAGCUUAUGUCCGACUUCAGGCAACUUCUGGAUACAGCUUCUUUAAGGACUUUGCAGUGUCAAUGGUGAAGAUGGGUCAGAUUGGAGUGUUAACAGGGAAGUCUGGUGAAAUCAGGAAACAAUGUGCCUUCAUCAACUGA